UUAAACCUAAGAUUGAAUGAAAAAUCAAGUCAGUUGUGUGUUUUCUUUAUUACUUGCCGAACCUUCUCCUGCUAGCUUAUCACAAUAAAUAAGUUCUUUAAAUAGAUAAAAUGAUUGUAAUCCGCUUCCUUGUAAUAUGCACCUGCAUAUUCGCUUGUGGAGCGCAGGAUACUUCCUUAGACAACUUGAUUGCGGACAUCUUUAAGACCGAUGAAACGUACAGCUCCACCACACAGAGCACUCCAACAAAUCCAGUUGUCAGUCCAAAAGAUUCGUCUAGUAAUUCAGGAUCAGGAUCUGGAACAGGAACCGGACAAGGAACAGGGGCAGCUCAAUAUCAGUCCUGUGGGGUUGAAAAAGAGUGUGUUCCCCGUUGGCUGUGUGCGAAUGACACGAUAAACACCAGUGGUGAGGGAAUAAUUGAUAUAAGAAUCGAUACGGGAUCGCCAUGCAAAAACUAUUUGGAUUUGUGCUGUGAUCUACCGAACAAGAGGGUCGAUCCGAUAUUCACUCUUCCGCCCGAGCUUCCCGAAGGUUGCGGAUACCAGAAUCCUAACGGUGUGGGCUUCAAGAUUACCGGAGCUGUGAACCAGGAGGCCGAGUUUGGGGAGUUUCCUUGGAUGUUGGCCAUUCUUCGAGAAGAGGGAACACUUAAUUUGUACGAGUGUGGAGGAGCUUUGAUAGCGCCCAAUGUUGUCCUAACUGCCGCUCAUUGUGUUCACAACAAACAAGCAGGAAGCAUUGUUGUGCGGGCCGGCGAGUGGGAUACGCAAACAAAGAACGAGAUCAUUCCUCAUGAAGACCGAUAUGUCAAGGAAAUAGUGUAUCACGAGCAGUUUAACAAGGGAGCUCUUUAUAACGAUGUGGCAGUAAUGUUAUUGGAAAGCCCAUUUACCUCACAAGCAAACAUUCGAACCGUUUGCCUUCCCAAUGUGGGUGAUAGGUUCGAUUACAAGCGUUGUUAUGCAACCGGUUGGGGUAAAAACAAGUUCGGCAAAGACGGGGAAUACCAGGUGAUCCUGAAGAAGGUCGAUAUGCCCGUGGUGCCGGAACAAGAGUGCCAGACAAACCUACGUGAAACUCGGCUCGGAAAGCACUUUUUGUUGCACGACAGUUUCAUUUGUGCCGGAGGAGAGAAGGAUAAAGAUACAUGCAAGGGCGACGGCGGUUCUCCUUUAGUAUGCCCCAUUGAGGGCCAAAAGGGCCGAUUUAAGUCGGCUGGAAUCGUCGCCUGGGGAGUCGGCUGUGGAGAAGUGAACAUUCCCGGAGUGUACGCCAGCGUUGCCAAACUCCGUCCGUGGAUUGACUCAAAAUUGAAAUUGUGGAAUAUUGACCCCAAAUAUUACACACCAUAAAAAAAGUUUAAUUAAGUCAAAACAAUUAACAGAAGGGGCUUUAAGUCCUCUUGUGCAAAUUGAGAUAAAUAAAUUGAUUUCAUUCAA